UUCGCAUUAGUCAUUGGGUCAGCGAGCUAACUUGACUGGAGCAGAAUGCAUGUGGUUAAUGCGCUGUCUGUCCUUCUAAUUACCUCAUGCCUGUGUGAUGGAACAAGAACAAGAGAAAACAGAGCAGACAAUGAGUUUGCGCUGAAGCUGAAGAAGCACUAUGAGCCUAAAUCCAUGUUCAGGAUGUAUAUGCAUGGGAAGGAUAUAGGGUAUGCGUGCCAAGUAGAGCUUUUCCAAGCUCACACCCUGCAGUCCUGCAGCUUCAACAGCAGCCACCCACUGGUCAUCAUCAUCCACGGCUGGUCGAUCGAUGGCAUGGUGGAGAGCUGGAGCACAAGGCUCGCCGCUGCACUUAAGAGCACACAGAAAGACAUCAAUAUUCUGGUCAGUGACUGGCUGACCUUGGCACAGCAGCACUAUCCCAUCGCAGCUCAAAACACACGGGUGGUGGGACAGGAGAUCGCCCAGCUGCUCAUCUGGCUUGAGGAGCUUACACAGUUUCCGGUUAGUAAGGCCCAUCUUAUCGGGUACAGUCUGGGUGCUCAUGUUGCAGGAUUCGCUGGAAGAAACUUAGCUGCAACAGGAAGAACUUUGGGAAGAAUCACUGGCCUGGAUCCUGCAGGCCCAUUGUUUGAAGGCAUGUCCCCUACAGACAGACUCUCCCCAGAUGAUGCCAGGUUUGUGGAUGCCAUUCACACAUUUACCCAGCAGCACAUGGGGCUUAGCGUGGGCAUUAAACAACCCGUCGCCCACUACGACUUCUACCCUAAUGGAGGAUCAUUUCAGCCCGGGUGCCACCUGCACUUUCAGAACCUCUAUUCCCACCUGUCCCAGUAUGGCCUUAUGGGCUUCGAGCAGACGGUGAAGUGUGCCCACGAGAGAGCCGUGCACCUUUUUAUCGACUCUCUACUGAACAGUGACAAACAGAUCACAGCCUACAAGUGCAGAGACAACGCUGCCUUUGACAAGGGUGUCUGCUUGGACUGCCGCAAAAACAGCUGUAACACCCUCGGCUAUGACAUCAAGAAGGUCCGCACGAGCACCAGCAAGAGGCUGUUCCUCAAAACACGCUCAUUUAUGCCAUACAAAUUGUAUCACUUUCAAUUCAGGAUCCAGCUCUCCACACAGUUUGAAAAGAUUAAUCCGUCUCUCACCAUCAAACUCACCGGCACGCUUGAAGAGAGUGAAACCCUGCCAGUCAGCGUAUUAAAGGAACUCUCAGGCAGUAAGACCUACACGUUUCUGAUCACCAUGGACACUGACAUCGGAGAUCUGAUGAUGUUGCAUGUAGCCUGGGAGGCAGAUGCACUGUGGACCAACAUGUGGAGUAAAAUGAAAAACAUAAUGGCAUGGGGGAGCAAAGAAGAUAGGCCACAGAUCACCAUUGGGAAGAUUCGAGUCAAAGCAGGAGAGACACAGCAGAGAACCACGUUCUGUGCCAAGGUAGAAGACGGCGUGUUCAUCCAGCCCUCUGAGGAAAAGCUGUUUGUCCGCUGUGAUGAAAAGAAGGAAAGGCCAAAGCGCAUGAAGUCACGUGACUGAAGAACAGCUGGGGUGGAUUUGUGUUUAUACAUGUAUGACCUCAUAAUGUGUUUUAAGGCAAAAAAAAAAAGGACGAUCUAAGGUUAAGCAAGUCAGAAGAAUUUGUAACCACUGUUACUGUUUUGUACCCACCCUUGUUGACUGGUCACUUUCCUUAUGUUUGAAUUUUUGAAUCCCUGCUGACUUUUUAGGAUUCCUUUUCAUCGGUUUAGCUCACAAGCUAGCUAGGAUUUUUUUUCAAGUCUGUCUUCAAUCAAAUUUGAUGUGCAUACAGUAUAAGUACGCUAAGUCACGGUCAUUAUACAUUAUUCUGCUCUUUACACCGACCGUAAAGUCUGUCACCCGGAACGCAAGUACAGCACCAUGUAAGUAAUCAGAUCCAAAUUCCACAAUCCUCGUUCCAUACAAAAAUGUGUUCCAAAGUUCAGGUGAGACUUGUAUAAAGCUUUGCACACCCACUAAGCUAAAACAAGUUGGUAUCUUUCAAAGUUAUGGUGUAUUUAUUACAGAUAUAACUUGUUUCUUUCAUAUGAGUCUCGGGUGAAAAUUGGAAUGCAGUUUUAAAUGGAACAAGGGUUGUGGAAUUUGGUGCCAAUUACUAAAAUUGUUGGAAAAUUUAUAAUGACCAAGACGUAUGGUAAUGUACUUCCAUGCAGCUUAAGUUUGAUUUAUAAUAGACUUGAAAACAUCCAAACUAUCUCUCUAAGUAAAUGUUAUUUGAGCACUUAGGCUACUGAGGAGUUAUGGACAGUUAGACCUACUGCAUCUCUCCCCAGGAGCAAUCGGCCACUAGAACAUGUUAUAAUUUGACACGGCCCUCGGGUAAAACUUGAAAUGAUUGAAAACAAUAAAAUGUUUUGGGGAUUGGCUUUUUCAAUUCAAAUAAGCUAUUUAUUUUAUUACUGUAAAGAUUUUGGGGUAAAGUUGAAGUAUAUAAAAUUUCAACAAAUGAGGGAAACUUGGAAUAGGUUAAUAUUUACUAGGAUGAUUACUAAGGAUGUGCAAAAAAAAAAAAAAAAAUUAAGCAAAUAUACACUGAAUGACCAAAAGAAAGUCACUACUGCAGAAGGACGAAAUUAUUGGCCAGCAUCAGGUACUGAAAUCAAUUAAGGAGAUUUGAAAUGACUGAAAUUGGGUUAAGAAUUGUCCCACACAUUAUUGGAACCUGAAAGGACCUUGUUGAACCUUCACCUUUAUGCUAUGUUUAAAUGAGAA